CAAGAUAGUAUACAAGUACCACUAUAUUGCUACAUACAGCUACAGAAUUACACACCAGAAACUCUGAAUAUGUUUCCAUUACCUAAAACAGCUCUCAUGGCCAUUACUCAAAGAUGACAAGAUAAGACACUGAGGGGGAGUUGUAUUCACUGUCUCUACACCAUUCAUUAUUUUAAGAACUUCUGUUUGCCACAUUCCCAAUGCUGUCAAUUCUUUAACCAAAUAUCUGUAAAUAUUUUAUUCUUGUCUUAUAUGAAUAUGCAUUAAUUCCUUUUCUGCAUCAUUUCUAGAUCUGUAUCUUUUUUGAUGAAGGUACUCACGGCAGUACUUGAAAAGAGCUUUGGUUAAGACCCCAUCAGAGUUGGACUUUACUGGGCAAGCCUACAAUCCUGGGAUUUUCUGGUGAGCUCCGACCCAAGUAUAAGAAGAUCCGACCCUGCUUAGCUUUUGUGAGAUGAGUCAAGUGAACUUCAGUUGUUUCCACAAAUCUGAUGACAGAGAACGUCUUUUAGUUUCCCACAGCACAUAUUCAUAUAAUUCAGCAAUCACCAGUCAUCAAGCUCCACAAAGAUUCUUAAAACUUCUCAAACAGAAGAUAUUAAGCACAUUGUACUAUUCCUGAAAGUCUCUGCUUCUUAAAAUCCACUCUUUCUUAAAUUUCUGCUUUCCUGUUGCCAUGGAGAAGGUCCAGUACAUAACUCGCUCUGCUCUGAGGAGAGCCUCAACUAUUGAGGUGCAUCCACAAACACGACAAAGACUUCAGGACCUUUUUGUAAACUUCUGUCUUAUCUUAAUAUGUCUGUUGCUUAUAUGUGUCAUUGUGAUGCUUCUCUGAAGUCCAGCUUCUUUUGAUUGAUCUUCAUUACAUUAUGCAAAGGAAAAUGUACACGAGAAGGAGAAAAGAACCAAACAAGAAACAUCCGGCACAAGGAAAUCCAUGCAAGAAAGUCCAGCACUUGGCCUAAAUAAUUUCUCACCAUCUCCACUCUUACUCACUGUAACCAUUAAAAGCACCUGUACUGAACAGUGAUUUGAAAACUGCUAUCACAAGGCUGUGCAUGAGCUAAUUUGCCUGCUUUAUUUUUAAAGGAAGUCUUCUGCGGAUGCUGAUGAUUAGUGCCUAUAAUUACUUGUGUUAUGAUGUGUAAAAUGUCCAACUAUAAAAUCUUAAAUAGUGGCCUUGAACUUUUGGUUCCAGAUUAUUUAUUUAUUUAUUACUGCUAAUCAGCUGUAAGUAUUUACUUUCAUGUCUGAAUAAAGAAUGGGCUGAAUGUACUAUGUUAAAGGCACAAUUAAAUCAUUAUAUAUUCUAGGAAAUACAUGUAUGUCAGGCUACUUGGAUUGUUAACUGAAGCUAUUAUUAACUUUUCCCCUACACUUUCAUGACGUAAGCUUUGAAAAUGACAAUAAAGUAUUGCAUAUUUACUGCCUUGUUCAACUGAAAUACAAGUAUUUUAAUAGACAUAUAGUCAAAAGCAAGCAAAAGCAAGAAUUCUGAUGAGGACUGCAGCCAAAUAUAAAUAUACCUUUAGAUAUUUGAUAUAUUUAUAAAUAUCAAAUAUAUUCUCUCCUGUAGCACUAGGGAUAUCCCCCAGGUGAUCCUUUCAUUAUGCAGUUGCUCUUCAUUCACAUAAUUUAACAGAAGGUCUAGAUGGUGAAUUCUUGCAAAACACCUUUCAUGUUUUUGUUUCACAAAGUAUCCAUCCCAGCAAACAAGAAUAUCUGCACAACAGCUUUUGAUUGGUUGCAUUAGAAGCUCACCUGUUGUCCAAUUGCAUAUAACAUAUAGCAUUUUUGCACAGCUAAAAAAAAAGCAAAGGAUUAAAUUUGAUCUCAAUACUUUUCCCAAAUAUAAAAUUAAGUGAAAUUACUGAUAAAAAUGCUUUGCAUUUUGCUGAAAUCUAGUUAAUCAAAAUAAAUAUUUAUACUUUAAAAAUCUUGACUCUGAUAUGUUCUGUGCAUUUUGGUCCUUUAAUUUCUUCUCUAAAACUGGCACCUGGAGAAUUCAAUAAAAAUGCAUUUGUUUCUACCUACAGAGAAGCCAAAUAAUUAUAAUAUUAAUAUUUUAAAAGAAAAGUUUGAUAGAGAAGAAUUCACACACAGUUGAUACACAUACAAUGUUUUUAACAAACUGAGUGAACUAAGGACUCUAAGUAAAGUUUCAAUUUUGUGGUCUCCUGCACAGAUCUCCCUACCAGCUUUAAACAAAGAAAAGAUAAUCCAAGGCAUGGAUCUUACCCUGAAAGUAAUUUGGCCUACUAUUAAUAAAUGCUUUAAACUAAUUUUUAAAUUAGUUUUAGUUUUAAAUUAAACAAAUUAAUUUUAAAAAUGAUUGUUGCUAAGACCAAUAUAAGCCUAAUUAUGAUUAAAACCGGUUGCAGUAAACUGUGCUAAAGAGUGGAAGGCAAUGGGACUAGGAACAUGUGACAAGGAGCUCAUCACUUCUAUGAAGUGUACAGGCUGUCACUUUAACUGCAUAUGUAUAUGAUAUCACUAUAACUGAGGAACUGAGGUGGUAAGAAAAAAAUGUCUAAUGAUUUAUUACAUUAUUAGAGUAAUUCCACACAUUGAGAAUGUACUCUUCAUACCACAAUUAUGUCACGUAUGAAUUUAUUUUCCCUACUGAGAAACAACCUGUUCCAAACUGUUUCUAAAAUAAAAUGAAGGCUAACUGUUUAACAAGAUAUUCUGGUUUACUUCUGUUUAUUUUAAGUUUGACUGCUGAAUACAUUAAAAUGAGUUCAGUCAUUUUUGUGCAACACAAAAUAUUAUUUGACCAUAAAUCAAGCAUGCCAAAAUUAAAUCUAAAGCAAGGAUAGUUCUGUCACUCACUAGAAAUAAACUUUAAUAAAUGAUUUAAUUCAGUGACUCUACAGAAUUUUAGCAAAAGUUCUGUAGUCCUCAUUAUUGUUGAAAAUUUGUCUCCCUGUUUAAACUGGAGCUAUGAGUCUAUUUUUGAAGUUUGAAAUGAACUGAAAAGGAAAGGAGGAACUUUUCCUUAAUACUUGAUUAUGUUUUAGAUUACUGAGACAAGCUGCUUUCAGAUCAUUAUUGCCUAUUUCAAGACCUUCUCUCACCUGUCCAAUUUUGGCUUCUGCAUGCUGAACAGGGCUCAUUUAUACAAAAUAACCAAUAACUGCAUAAUGAACAAUAUCAACUAUCAGAUAUCAAAUACUGGUUUCAAGGCGCAUGUGGUUUCCAGAAGUAUCUAAACAGGAAAUCCACUGGAGGCAGCAUUUGCAAUGGGGGGCAAGGAACUGUCAGACUGAUGUCAACAGUGUUGUGGCAUUGCACGCAUGCCCCAAAGGGGAAGAGCUUGUGGCACAAUUUCACUUUCAUCAUUCUAACAAAAGCUGCAAGUUCCCUAUAUGUUGCUCUGAAUUCCAUGAUAAAGGGAAAAGCAGGUUAUCAAUGUAUAAAAUAAAUGUAUUUUAUUCUCAAUGACCAACUGUUUCAAUUUUAAGACUGAAUUUCAAAAUUCUGCUCCCUUUAUAUCCAGUUACAGUAUGUUGUACAUGUUUCCGGUAGCAAAAAUUGGAAGAUGUAUAGCUA